AUGCCAAAUCCGUUCAUCCUCGUUUCUCCGGGCGCUACGCGGGGUUUGGGUUUAGCGCUUACUCGGCAAUUCCUUCGCACGACCUCUCUGCCCGUUUACACCAGUCAUCGCAGGCAGGUUAACGACAAGGAUAUCAAAACGCAUAUCUUGGGUCCUCUUCCCGAUGUGGACCCCAAGAGGCUCCAUCUUCUUCACAUAGAUCUGACGUCCGAAGACACUAUGGCGCAUGCCGCGAAAACACUGAAGACGUCUCUCAAGAAGCAUGUCGGCGAGGAUCCCUACCUACAGACUGCGUUUAUCACCGGCGGGGUCCUCUUCCCCGAGAAACAGCCUUCCGACCUCCAAUGGGACCACCUGAAGGAGACGUUCCAGAUCAACACCAUUUCACACUUGCUCAUGAUCAAGCACUUUUCCCAAUUCCUACCACCCACCAACCAGGAGCAGUUUCGCAAGCUCGAGAAGCCGUCCAAGUGGGUGCACAUUACUGCGAGGGUUGGGUCUAUCGAGGAUAAUCACAGAGGAGGGUGGUAUUCGUAUCGGUCUUCCAAGGCCGCGUUGAAUCAAGUGGUGAAGACGUUCGAUAUCCAUCUCGGACUCCACAACAUCAAUGCUAUCUGCGUUGGGGUUCAUCCGGGAACCGUGAAGACGGAUUUGAGCAAGGGGUAUUGGGGAUCGGAGGCGAAGCCUGAAUUGUUUGAGCCUGAGACGGCGGCGCAGAACUUGGCGGAUGUGGUAGAGAAUCUCAAGACGGAACAGAGGGGAACGAUAUGGGAUUGGGCGCAUGAGGAGAUUCCCUGGUAA